AUGGAUGACACUAUCUUCAUUUCUCAAAGCAAAUAUGCAAAGAAUAUAUUUAAGAAGUUUGGGAUGGAAAAUGCUAGUCAUAAAAGUAUACCUGCACCAACUCAUUUGAAAGUGACUAAAGAUGAAAAAGGUGUAAAUAUGGAUCAAAGUCUAUACAGGAGUAUGAUUGGUAGUUUGCUUUAUCUUAUAGAUAGCAGACCUGACAUUACAUUUGCUGUCAGAGUUUGUGCUAGAUAUCAAUCUGAACCCAAAAUGAGUCAUAUUACUCAAGUAAAAAGGAUUCUGAAGUCUAUCAGUCGAACUAAUGAAUAUGGAAUGUUCUAUUCUCACAAUGCAAACUCCUUGCUUACAGGAUACUAUGAUGCAUAUUGGGCAGGCAGUGUUAAUGAUAGAAAAAACACUUAUGGAGGAUGUUUCUUCUUGGGAAAUAAUCUUAUAUCUUGGUUUAGUAAGAAGCAAAAUAAUGUGUCCUUAUCUACAACUGAGGCUGAAUAUAUUGCAGCAGGAAGUAGUUGCUCUUAA